AUGAUAAUAAGUACCCGUGGUCCCGUCGGUAUACGAGAAGUACCUUUCGAAUUGUUUUCCGUUUCCAGACAAUUGGAUUUGAGGGAUAAACCCCUGGACUUCGAAUCUCAACCUUUUCCUCAUCAGUUACUACCCAAUUACACUCAAACUAUUUUGUUACCGAUAACGAUAAAAAAUAUAUCGGCGGAAGGAAGUCCGGAAUCGUCGAGAUGUACGACACCCGGCGUCGUACCUGAACCUAAAAUCGAUACUAAAAAUGAAGAUUAUAUAGAAGCACCAUCACCACCACAUCAAUCGAUUUAUAAUUAUUUAACGGUUUCCGUUUCCGUUUUUUUUUUUAAAAUAGCUCCUCUCGAAGAAAUUUUAAUGGAAGAAAAUGAAAAACCACAACCGGAAACGACAGUUUCGACACCGAGUCCUACGAAAACAAACGAACAAUCGGAUAAUAAAUCCGAAUUAUCGAUAGAAAAAUUAACGGAUAUGUUUACGGCAACAAGUCGAAAAAUAACUAAUACGUCAUCAGCGGGAAAAAAGGGAGGAUACGGAAAUUAA